ACGUGCUGGGCCGGAAUGGAGCCCGGGCCAGCAGCAGUGGCCUCCGGGAUGAGCCACAGGGCCAGCAGUAUCUGGACCACCAGCAGGCCCGAGGCCGGCGUGUGCUCCCUGGCUCUGCCCUCGGACCUGCAGCUGGACCGCCGGGGCGCCGAGGGGCCGGAGGCCGAGCGGCUGCGGGCCGCCCGCGUCCAGGAGCAGGUCCGCGCCCGCCUCCUGCAGCUGGGCCAGCAGCCACGGCACAACGGGGUGGCCGAGCCCGAGGGGGAGGCCGAGGCAGCCAGAGGCACAUCCCGGGGUCAGUACCACACCCUGCAGGCUGGCUUCAGCUCCCGCUCCCAAGGACUCAGUGGGGACAGCACGUCAACUUUCCGGCCCAUCGCCAAGCCCGCCAAGCCAGUCUACGGCCCUGCCUCCUGGUCCUCCCGCUCAGCUGUGGACCUGAGCCCCAGUCGGAGGCUAAGUUCUGCCCGCAGUGGGGGCAGCGCCUUUGGGGCUAUGGGGUACAGGGAAGGCCCGCCCACGGUGCCCAUACCUGCCCGGCCCGUGUCCUUCCAUGAGCGUGGUGGGGUGGGGGGCCGGGGGGACUAUGACACCUUGUCCCUGCACUCACUGAGGCUGGGGGCCAGGGCCCUGGACGACCGCUACAGCGUGGUGUCCGAGCAGCUGGAACCCUCGGCCGCCUCUGCCUACAGGGCCUUUGCUUAUGAGCGCCAGGCCAGCUCCAGUUCCAGCCGGGCAGGGGGCUUGGACUGGCCGGAGGCUGCCGAGGGGCCACCCAGCCGGACGAUCCGUGCCCCCGCCAUGCGGACCCUGCAGCGAUUCCAGAGCAGCCACCGCAGCCGCGGGGUGGUGCCAGGGGGGGUCCUGGAACCUGUGACCCGAGCGCCGUCCGUGCGCAGCCUCAGCCUCAGCCUGGCUGACUCUGGCCACCUGCCGGAUAUGCGUGGGCUGGACAGCUAUGGCAGCCACCGCACCCUGCAGAGGCUCAGCAGUGGCUUCGACGACAUUGACCUGCCCUCAGCGGUCAAGUACCUCAUGGCCUCAGACCCCAACCUGCAGGUGCUGGGAGCCGCCUACAUCCAGCACAAGUGCUACAGCGACGCCGCAGCCAAGAAGCAGGCCCGCAGCCUCCAGGCCGUGCCUCGGCUGGUGAAGCUCUUCAACCACGCCAACCAGGAGGUGCAGCGCCACGCCACAGGUGCCAUGCGCAACCUCAUCUACGACAACGCGGACAAUAAGCUGGCGCUGGUGGAGGAGAACGGCAUCUUCGAGCUGCUGCGGACGCUGCGUGAGCAGGACGAUGAGCUGCGCAAGAAUGUCACAGGGAUCCUGUGGAACCUGUCCUCCAGCGACAACCUGAAGGACCGCCUGGCCCUGGACACACUGGAGCAGCUCACGGACCUGGUGCUAAGCCCCCUGUCGGGGGCCGGGGGACCACCCCUCAUCCAGCAGAACGCCUCCGAGGCUGAGAUCUUCUACAACGCCACGGGCUUCCUCAGGAACCUCAGCUCAGCCUCCCAGGCCACUCGCCAGAAGAUGCGUGAGUGUCAUGGGCUGGUGGACGCCCUGGUCACCUAUAUCAACCACGCCCUGGAUGUGGGCAAGUGCGAGGACAAGAGCGUGGAGAACGCCGUGUGCGUGCUGAGGAACCUGUCCUACCGCCUGUAUGACGAGAUGCCGCCAUCAGCCCUGCAGCGGCUCGAGGGCCGGGGCCGCAGGGACACGGCUGGGGCGCCGCCCGGUGAGGUGGUGGGCUGCUUCACACCGCAGAGCCGGCGGCUUCGAGAGCUGCCCCUCAUGGCCGACGCGCUCACCUUCGCCGAGGUGUCCAAGGACCCCAAGGGCCUUGAGUGGCUGUGGAGCCCCCAGAUUGUGGGCCUGUACAACCGGCUGCUGCAGCGCUGUGAGCUGAACCGGCACACGACGGAGGCAGCCGCGGGCGCCCUGCAGAACAUUACCGCGGGCGACCGCAGGUGGGCGGGCGUGCUGAGCCGCCUGGCGCUGGAACAGGAGCGUAUCCUGAACCCGCUGCUGGACCGAGUUCGGACUGCGGACCACCACCAGCUGCGCUCGCUGACCGGCCUAAUCCGAAACCUGUCUCGGAAUGCCAGGAACAAGGACGAGAUGUCCACCAAGGUGGUGAGUCACCUCAUUGAGAAGCUGCCGGGCAGUGUGGGUGAGAAGUCCCCCCCGGCCGACGUGCUGGUCAACAUCAUCGCCGUACUCAACAACCUGGUGGUGGCCAGUCCCAUCGCCGCCCGAGACCUGCUCUACUUCGACGGGCUCCGCAAGCUGGUCUUCAUCAAGAAGAAUCGGGACGGCCCUGACAGCGAGAAGUCCUCCCGGGCGGCCUCCAGCCUCCUGGCCAAUCUGUGGCAGUACAACAAGCUGCACCGGGACUUCCGGGCGAAGGGCUAUCGAAAGGAGGACUUCCUGGGCCCGUAGGUGAGGGCUUCCUGGAGGAGGAGGAUGCAACGAGGCCCAGCCUCUGAGGGACGGGCUCAGCUCUGUGCUGCUCGCCAGCUGGCCUGGAGGAGAAGGCCGAUGGCUCAUGGUCUCUCACCCGACCCCCGCGUGCAACUCUGAAGGGCCUGGGCCACCAGGGAGGGGAUGGGGGCUUGUGGCUGGGGACUUGGCUUCUGCAGGGCAGGGGGUAGGGGAGGGCUUGAGGCUGCUCUGGUGCAUGUGGUGGUGACCAGGUCACACUGGCAAAGUUGGGGCUGGCCAUGGCCUGGCAGUGCCUUGGGACAGCCAACGCUGGGAAUAAAGGUGGCUGUGAACACAG